AGUGCAAGCUUGCAUUGCUUGCAUCUCAGAUGAUCUCGCGAGCAAAAAAUAGAAAUACGUACACACCAUAGUUGAGGUCGCGUUGGUGGUCCUUGUUGCGCCCUAGUGUUUUAUUAAUCAUAUUUUGUGUACAUCAAACAGUUUUUGUUUUGUGUUGCGAAGCCAGUUCCUAUGGUGCUAAACAGAUCUGCUGAGAACGAAUGUGCGAUGAGCACAGCGCAUGAAACGAAAUCGGUUGACAGCAUCGCAGAAAUACCUCCGGGCGAACAUCGGCUGCAGUUCGCGUAUUGCCUGUGGUUCUCCCGUCGUGCGCCAGGCAAGCAGGCCACGAACCAGCGCUACGAUCAAAGUUUGAAGUUAAUCUGCACAUUUCGAACUGUGGAAGAGUUUUGGAGAAACUACAGUCACCUCGCACGGCCAUCGGAACUCGUGGGGCACAGCGAUUACCAUUUAUUCAAGGAUGGUAUAAAGCCCAUGUGGGAGGACGAUGCCAAUCGUGCAGGAGGAAAGUGGAUAGUGCGACUUCGGAAGGGACUGGCAUCACGAUGUUGGGAGAACCUCAUACUGGCCAUUCUGGGGGAACAGUUCAUGGUGGGAGAAGAAGUUUGCGGUGCUGUCGUCUCCAUACGGUUCCAGGAGGACAUAAUAUCAGUGUGGAACCGCACAGCGAGUGACCACCAGACAACAAUUCGCAUACGUGAUACUUUGAAGAGAGUUCUCAACCUACCUGUCAAUACAAUAAUGGAAUAUAAGACGCACACAGAUAGCCUCAGGGAUAACUCCAGUUUCCGAAACACGGACAUCUUCCUGAGGUAACAGCGAGAUGUGCGGUGGUGGAGAGGAAAAGAUCCUGUGGCAACGAAACAAUGUUGCGUACACAUAUUGUAACAUAUUCACUCAUGGAAUGCUCAGUCAUAAAAAUACAUUUUACAACAAAAUAGAUUAAAGUGUGAUAACAGGAAACAUGAUCAUGGAGAUAUCGUCAUUUGCCGUUGAUUGGUUGAGGUAAGAUGACACAAGCAAAAUAAAGACUGCCCGUGCGAUCUCA